CAUCAUUCCAGAUAGAAACGAAUUUGCUCGCACAUUACUCCCUACAAUUUGCGGUCAUUGCAAUUUCAGAGCAUUUUGCAGACUCCUAUGGUACUACAACCUCCAUCUCAAGAAGCCAAUCGUAAAUGGAUCCUCUCCGUGAUGGUCAUGGCAAAGCACUCCAUUCAGAGAAUUCAGCAAUCCUAAUUUUCGGCGCGAUGAUGAGUUCACGUAUCGAAUGUCGAAGAAAGAAGACCAAAGAGUUCUCAAACCCUGAACCUCGGUCUUCAGUGUCCGAUCUGUUUUCCUGUGCAGACGGAAUGAAGAUCAUGUCGCAAGCGACAUGUGGCGAGGCGACAAGGCAUGCGAGAGUGUCCGAGGGUCACGCAUUAGGUAUCCAAAGCGGCGACGGGUAGCUUAGGGGAACAGAUAGUAUAAGGACUGCAUUGUACCGUAGCGCUCUAUAGGUUGUGAAAGUUCGCACGUGGUAGUGCAAGCUAC